UCAGUUAGCAAUCUAGUUUAGUAUAGACAUCUGUACCCUAGUCCAAUCGAAUACGCUAUUAUUUGUGUUAGAUUGCAGAGGUAUUUAUAUGUUUAAAACGAGUGUGAUGGACGAUACGUUUAUGAAAUCGACGAUUAUAAUUGAAGGAUUGAAAGAAGAACAAGAAACGAUUGAUUUAAGCUCGAGUUCAGACGCUAGUGAGGUUGUUUGGUUUGAUGACAAUCAAAUUCAUAAAUCAACGAACACAGAAAGACAUUUCUCUUCUAAUUAUAUCAAUGCUAAUAACGUACUUGAUGAUAUGACCAAGACCGAUAUUAAGGCAGAAAAGUUAUCGUCGUCGCAACACGACAUCACUUCGCAACCUGUUUUUAAGGUUAUGUUUCGUGAUGAAAAUAUCUCACGACAAUAUCGGCAAAAAAUAAGAGAUUUCUUACAUACUUUAGUGGAAUCAGAAUUGUUUUGUGAGGAAGAUGUGAAUACAUCAAAUUUGAUAUUAGAAGUUUGGGAUAAAAAUCACCAAGAUAUAUUAUCCAUUAGUUCAAAGAGUAAUAUUGUGUCGUAUAAUGACCACAGUAUAGAAAACAGUGAUUUACCGUUUACAAUUGAUACCCAACCAAAGUUAACAAGUGAUUACGAUAUUCCUACAUACGGAAAGAAAUAUGAGGAUAUGUCCGAAGACUCAGAUUCUGAGACAUCAAAAGAUGUAGCACCAAAAAUAAGUUGUUUUAAUUGUGAAGGUAAUCAUAAUCUACGAGAUUGUCAGUUACCUAGAAAUCAAGCAAAUAUUAAUAAAAAUCGUAAAGAUCAUGCUGUAAAAUACAUGAAAUCAGGAGUACGUUACCAUUUAAAUGAGGAGCAAAAAUUUAGUCAUAUUAUUCCUGGUCAGUUGAGUCAAAAACUACGUGCUGCAUUAGGAUUAAAAGACAAUGAACUACCUAAGCACAUAUACAGAAUGAGAUCACUUGGCUACCCUCCAGGAUGGUUAGAAGAAGUAUGUUUACAACCUUCUGGAUUAUCACUAUUUAAUUCUGAUGGAAUAGCAGAGACUAAUCCAAAUGAAUCACAAGAAAUUACUAUAGAUAUAAAUAAAGAUAAAUAUGAUAUUAAAAAAAUAUACGAUUUUCCUGGUUUUAAUGUGCCGCCUCCUCUUGGUACCAUCGAUGAAAGUUAUAAAUUUUAUGCACCACAAAUGCAUCCUAUACAUAGCAAGGAGACUAUGUUAUUAUGUUUGCAAGGUAAAGAAACAGAUGAUGGUUAUAAGCGUAAAAAAUUAAAACUAUCAUCAUCAAAUGCUUCAGAAAGGAUAUCCUCUGCAAUGGAUAUUGAGGAUACUGAAGAAGUUGCUGUGGAACAUAUACUUGUUAAUGGUCAUAUUGUACCACCAUUACCAAAACAAUUAACUUCACUGCUGCCGCCGCCACCGCCGCCAUCGCCACCACCACCAUUACCAUUACCACCAUCAUUACCACCACCACCACCACCACCACCACCGCCAUCACCACUACCACAAAUAAAUGUAGCAAUAAUAGAACAUUCGGAUUUACGAUCUCAAGAAUUGCUUUCUUAUGAUUCUGCGGAUGACACUACCUUAUCCAGAGCAAACUCGCCAUCUCUAUCCGAAUUAGAAAGCAUGAAAGAACAAUUACUCGUAGAACUUGAAGAAACUAGUUCACAGCCUAAUCCUGAUGCAUCAGUUAAAAACAAUUUGAAUAUUACAUCGGAAGAUAAUAUUCAGCUCAAUCGUUCUCCUACUCUGCAAAAAUCUUUAAAUAUGAGUCAAAAUUCGGUCAAAUCGGUAGACUUAGGUACACCAAUAUUAGAAAGUACAUCUCCAUAUAACAAAUUACCGUCAUCAGAAAAGUUUUCCAAAAACAUUUGCAAUGUUUUAAACUUCGAAAAUUUACCUGAUUCAACGGGUAAGUAUGAACAAAUGACUGGAGUGUUGCAGAAAGUUAGAGAUACUAUGGCAAGAAUUCAUCGAACAUAAAUUUACAAUUUAUGAAUAAACUAAAUGAUAUAAAUGCGCAUAUAUGCAUACAUGCAUUUGUAUUAAAAUAUAUAAUAUUUUGUAACGUUCAUAAACUCUGAUAUUUUGAUGUAAAUAGAAAGAUAUCAUUAGAUACUUGUAAAAAAUUUAAAGCAAAUGUUUUGACAUAAAUAUGUAUACAGUUAUGAUUAAGAAAGUAGUGUAAAAAUACAUUAGCGUUUUUAUAACUUAAA